AUGCAGAAUUGGGCUCAAAGGCUAGAGCGUGAGAUUGAUGGAGUGAUGAAGAUAUUUGGUGAUGUUAAGCAGCUCAGACAGAUCUAUGAUGAGAAGAAGAAUUUAUUUGAAGUAAGAGACAACAUCCCUGAAAAAAUCGUGGAGAAAGUGGCAGGGGACAUUGAGAGUCUCCUGGCUAAGAAAGUCCAAGCUUUAAAGAGACUGGCUGAUGCAGCAGAGAAGUUUCAGAAAGCCCAUCGAUGGCAAGACAACAUUAAGGAGGAAGAUAUUGAAUACUAUGACUCCAAGGCUGAUACGGAAUACGAUGACCCAGAAGGGGAAGAGAUUGAAAGAGAGAAAUCUAAUUCCUUGAAGCUGGAAUUCACAGAAGAUGAUAACUUCAAAACCAAAGUUAAUUACUCAUAUGCAGCUGUACAGAUACCUACAGAUAUCUACAAAGGCUCCACUGUAAUUCUCAAUGAACUGAAUUGGACAGAAGCCUUAGAGGAUGUGUUUGUGGAAAACAGAAAAGAAGACUCGUCUCUGCUGUGGCAAGUCUUUGGCAGUGCUACAGGGGUAACCCGCUUCUAUCCAGCCUCCCCAUGGAGAGCCCCCAAUAAGAUUGACCUGUAUGAUGUCCGAAGAAGGCCUUGGUACAUUCAAGGGGCCUCAUCUCCAAAAGACAUGGUGAUCAUUGUGGAUGUGAGCGGUAGUGUCAGUGGCCUGACACUGAAGCUGAUGAAGACCUCAGUCUAUGACAUGUUGGACACACUCUCAGAUGAUGAUUACGUUAAUGUUGCUUCUUUUAACCAGAAGGCACAACCUGUGUCUUGUUUUAAACAUUUAGUGCAAGCUAAUAUCCGCAACAAGAAGGUCUUCAAAGAGGACGUAGAAGGAAUGGAGGCCCAAGGAACCACUGAUUAUAAGGCUGGCUUUGAAUAUGCCUUUGAGCAAUUGCAAAAUUCCAACAUCACAAGAGCCAACUGUAAUAAGAUGAUCAUGAUGUUUACGGAUGGAGGAGAAGAUCGCGUGCAAGAUGUUUUUGAGAAGUAUAAUGGACCCAACAAGACGGUACGAGUAUUCACCUUUUCUGUUGGACAGCAUAACUAUGAUGUCACUCCCCUGCAGUGGAUGGCUUGUGCUAACAAAGGCUAUUAUUUUGAAAUUCCUUCCAUUGGCGCUAUCCGAAUCAACACUCAGGAAUAUCUCAAUGUCCUAGGAAGGCCCAUGGUCUUGGCCGGAAACAAAGCAAAGCAAGUUCAGUGGACCAAUGUCUAUCAGGACGCUUUGGGCCUGGGUUUGGUGAUAACCGGCACUCUGCCUGUAUUUAACCUCACUGAAGAUAGUCAGUCUCGUGGGAGCAGUGAAUGGAAGAACCAGCUCAUCCUGGGUGUUGUGGGGAUUGAUGUGGCUCUAAAUGAUGUCAAGAAGCUGACACCACGAUACAAUUUGGGGGCUAAUGGCUAUGUAUUUGCUAUUGACUUGAAUGGAUAUGUAUUGCUACAUCCAAACCUGCGACCUCUGAUCAUCAAUUUUCAAGAACCUGUAACCCUGGAUUUCCUUGAUGCUGAACUAGAGGAUGAGAACAAAGAAAGGAUUCGCCGAAGCAUGAUAGAUGGAAAUAAAGAUCAACAAUAUAUUAAGACUCUGAUAAAAUCCCUUGAUGAGAGGUAUAUUGAUAAAGUUCAUAGAACCUAUACUUGGGCACCUAUCAAAAGCACAAACUACAGCUUAGGUCUGGUCUUACCAAAUUACAGCAGAUCUUACAUCCAAGCUAAUCUCAGUGACCAGAUUCUCCAGGUGAAGUUACCAAGCAAAUUGAAGGAUUUUGAAUACCUGCUGCCAAACAGCUUUGAGUCCGAGGGACAUGUAUUCAUUGCUCCAAGAGAAUAUUGCAAAGACCUCAACCUGUCGGAUAACAACACUGAAUUCCUGGAAAACUUUAUUGCCCUCAUGGAAAAGGUGACGCCUGACUCCAAACAAUGUGACAACUUCCUUCUUCACAACCUUAUCCUGGACACUGGAAUUACACAACAGCUGGUGGAAACAGUAUGGAAGAAUCAAGAUUUAAGCACAUAUAGUCUUGUAGCUGUGUUUGUUGCCACAGAUGGUGGCAUUACCCGUGUUUUCCCUAACAAAGCUGCUGAAGAUUGGGAAGAAGACCGAGAGCCUUUCAAUGCCAGCUUUUAUCGAAGGAGCCUAGAUAAUAAAGGCUACAUCUUUAAGCCACCUUACCGAGAUCCCAAUUACAGAGGAUCAGAACCAGACAGCAGUGCUGUUGGGAUCCUAGUUAGCACAGCUGUAGAACUCAACAUAGGAGAGAGGCAUCUGAAGCCAGCAGUGGUAGGAGUAAAACUUGACUUGGAGGCCUGGACACAAAAAUUUAAAGUCCUUGCUAGCAAUCAAACAGAUCAGCAGAAAACACGACGAUGUGACCUCUCCACAAGCUGUGAGAUGGACUGUGAUACUAAUGACAAGGAUCUGCUUUGUGUGCUUAUUGAUGAUGGUGGAUUUCUGGUGAUCUCCAACCAAGAAGACUACAAAUACCAGGUUGGAAAGUUCUUCAGUGAGGUGGAUGCCCAUUUGAUGUCUGCUCUCUACAACAAUUCAUUCUUCACACAGAAAGAAUCAUACGACUUUCAAUCUGUCUGUGCUCCAGAACCUCCAAGCAACACAGGAAGUGCAUCACGUGGGGUCUAUGUGCCAACCAUGGCAGAUUUCUUGAACCUGGCUUGGUGGAGCUCAGCAGCUGCAUGGUCUUUAUUUCAGCAGUUCCUGUAUGGAUUAGCCUAUAACAGCUGGUUUCAAACAGAGGAUGUCUCAGCAGACAACAUGGAAUCCAAGGAGACCAGCUGCAUCAUGAAGCAAACCCAAUACUAUUUUAGUUCUGUUAACUAUACCUACAACACCAUCAUUGACUGUGGAAAUUGCUCUAGGCUGUUCCAUGCACAAAGGCUUGCUGGGUCUAAUCUUCUGUUUGUUGUAGCAGAAAAGCCAAUAUGCAAUCAGUGUGAAUCCACAAAACUUCUCCAAGCAGAGAUAAAAGCUCCUCCAGGAGAUCGCAAUCAAUGUGAGCUAGUAGAGAAGCCACGUUACCGGAAGGGUCCCCGCAUCUGUUUUGAUUACAAUGCAACUGAAGACACCUCGGAUUGUGGCAGAGGGGCCUCCUUCAGACCUUCCUUGAAUAUCUUGUUAUGCUUGCAGUUACUCCUUCUCUAUUUGACUGCAAGUCACCAUUCGCUGCCCUUGGCAUUUUGCCUUUGA